AGUUUGGGAUAUUUUUUUAUUUACUCCUACGCUUGUCACAGUGUUGUAAGUUUAGUUGCCCAUAGUUUGGACUUCUCACUGUGUCACGAGGAGUGAUUAACACAUAUUCGUUGUGGAUUGACUGGGUAGUUAUUCCAAGUGCGAUUAUCGCGUAACCAUUCCCACAUUGAAUACAACAGGUGUUUGAAGCUAAGGUGACACCUGAUGGGAGACAAGUGAUCAUAAACAGUCCAACUGGGUCAGCCAAUCAUUAUUCUUUUGUUUAUUUUGAAUGCCAAUCAUAUCUCAAGGCACGAAGAUGUAAGCUAACUGUAACAGUUGUUCAUAUGCAAGUUAUUCUGUCCAGUGAACUUUACAGCUGUGGAGUAAUAAUCUAGGCAAGCAAAUAUGGAAUCUCCAGAUAAUGGACCAUCAGAGUCAAAUGAAGCUCCUGAAAGUGAUCCGGUUGAUUGCAGUGAAGAAAUGUCUGUCUUUGAAGAGUCACCUUUGAUUACAAAUUCUGAGGAAAUGCCUGUGCUUGAGGAGUUGCCUUUAAUUAAAAAUUCUGACCAAGAGCCAACUUUAAAAUCUCCAGUGAAGACUGUUCGUAUCAAGCUCCCUCCUACAUGUUUACAAACAAGCCAGGAAAUGAAAUCAGAUCAGGAGAGUUUAGAUAAUGACUGUGACCCAGGAGAUAUUGACCAGGAUAUUGAUGAUGCACUUGAUGAAGGAUACAUGGGUAUGGAGUGUACCCUUGAGCGAGGUUUUUCUCUCAAUGAAUCCUCUAUUGCUCGGGAUAUGCGCAUGGAACGUUACAGUGAAGUGGCAAUCAAAUAUAAAAAGGGUUCUGAUAUGUCUCGUUAUCGACAAGCUCUCAAACACUUAAUUCCAGUCAGGAAGCCUCCAAAAGAGAAAGAUGAAAUGCCUCUCGAUAGGACAGGCAUAUAUGGCUUCAUCUCUUAUUCAUGGAUUACAAGUCUCAUGUGGAAGGCAUACAAAACAGGAUUAAAAGAAGAUGAUGUUCCCAUUUGUUCGAAGUAUGACAUGUGUGCAUACAACACUGACAGGUUGGAAAUGUUAUGGAAUGAAGAAAUCAAGAAAAUGGGUAAAGAUAGUGCUUCAUUCCAUAGGGUUGUCUUACGCUUUAUAAAAACAAGAUUAAUUGUUGGCAUCUUAAUUUUCAUUUUCACCCUUACAUUGGGCUUCAUUGGACCAACGAUAUUCAUGCGCUACCUUAUUACUUGGUUGUCUUCUGAGGAACCUCUCACCACUGGUUUAAUAUGGACUGUUGGGCUAGUACUUUCAGAGUUUGUCCGUAUCCUCAUGUUUGGUCUGGUUUGGUCUGUCAACUACAGAACUGGCAUUCGGCUACGAGCAGCUUGCUUAGGUUUGAUGUAUAAGAAACUCAUGAGAAUGUCAACUCUUGGCAGUAAAAGCAUUGGAGAAGUGAUCAACCUCUUUGCCAAUGAUGCCCAGCGUAUAUAUGACUAUGUUGUCCUUGGUCCUCUAAUCAUCGGAGGCCCAUUUGUGGCAGUUGGUGGAGUCGUAUACAUUCUUUGGUUAUUAGGGCCAUGGGCCCUGUUUGGCAUGCUCACCUUUUUACUUUUUUAUCCGUUUCAAUAUGGAAUAUCACGUUUAACGAGCUACUUGCGUCGUCGAACUGUUACUGUUACAGAUGAACGUGUCUGUAAAAUGAAUGAGUUACUUUCAUGUGUGAAGCUAAUCAAGAUGUAUGCUUGGGAAAAAAGCUUUGCAUCAAGUAUAGCAGAAAUAAGAUCUCGAGAGCGAAGUUUACUGGAAAAAUCAGCUUACGUUCAGAGUAUCAGCUUAGCCAUGGCACCUACUGUUCCUGUUCUUGCUGCCAUUAUUACCUUUUUAGCUCAUAUUGGGGCAGGCUAUAACUUGACAGCAGCUCAGGGAAUGUCGGUGGUAUCAGUUCUCUUAGGGCUUGUCCGUUCAUCAUUCAAUAUGAUCAGGUUUUCAAUCAGAGCCAUUGUUGAGGGUAUUGAUUCUGUCAGAAGGAUUGAGGCUUAUAGCCUGAUGAGUUACAUGGUUCGGGUGCGUGGAAUGCUUCAUUAUGUACCCUACUCUAUUCUGGCAGUUAUGGAAGGAGGUAUUGCCCUAAUUCGGUUUCAGGGUAUUCUUUUAAUGGAGGAAAUAUCUCCAUAUAUAGGAAAACCCAGAUGGAAAAGUACUGCCAUUUCAAUGGAAGGAGCAACUUUAGCUUGGGAUGCAGUUUCUUUACAAAAAAGGAAGAAAAAGAAAAAGAAGUCAAAAAAAGAUGACACAUCUCCUGCGCACAAGUUGUUAGCUAAUUCCUCUGUUCAAGAACACACUGAUGUUUUAUUCAACAUAGAUUUGAAAGUUAAAAAGGGAGAACUUCUUGGUGUCUGUGGUGGUGUCGGUGCUGGAAAGUCCUCAUUAGUAUCAGCUCUGCUUGGCCACAUGCGAUUACAGUCAGGAUCUGUCAGUGUGCAGGGCUCAGUUGCAUAUGUUGGCCAGCAGCCAUGGAUUUUGAAUGCAACAUUCAGGGACAAUAUUUUGCUGGAUGAACCCUUUGAUGCCAAAAGAUACUACAGAGCCAUCCAUGCAUGUAAUUUGUCUCAAGAUAUUGGAGCUCUGCCAGCUGGAGACUUCACUGAAAUAGGAGAACGUGGCAUUAACCUGUCAGGAGGCCAGAAACAGAGGCUCUCACUUGCUAGAGCAUUAUAUGCAAAUAAAGAUCUGUACCUCUUAGAUGACCCAUUAAGUGCAGUUGAUGCUCAUGUUGGAAGUCAUAUCUUCCAGUGGCUUAUUAAGGGAGCAUUAAAGGAUAAAACAACAAUUUUUGUAACUCAUCAGUUGCAGUAUCUUCCUCAAUGUGAUCGUAUUUUGUACCUGAGAGAGGGCCAAAUUGCUGAAUUAGGUACUCACCUGGAGUUGAUGAAAGAAACUGAGGAGUAUGCAAAUCUGUACAGACAACAUAUGGAAUCCAUGGCAGAGGAAGAUAAAAAAAGUCACAAGUCAGCUGAGCGUGACAUCACUGCAGUGAAGGAGAAGGAUUCUGAAAGCACCAUUCGUACAAGACAGGAUUCUAUUAGAUCAAAUGAUAGCUUACAGAAUGGUGUCCAUCAUAAUAGUCCAGAAAAAAACCCAGAAAAAGAGGAAAAAAAAGAUCAGUCAAAAGUCCCUGGACAGCUUAUAGCUGAUGAAAAAAUGGAGAAAGGUGAUAUCCCGUUAGCAAUAUACCACAUUUACAUUAAGGCAGCUGGAGGGUACAUCGUAUCAACAUUAGUUAUCUUGACUUUUGUCUUGAAUGUUGGAUCCACAGCAUUCAGCUCAUGGUGGUUAUCACUGUGGCUAAGUGAGGGAAGUGGGAACACAUCUGUCACUGUAGGAAAUGAAACUUACAUUAGUGAAAAUAUUGCAGACAAUCCAAAGCAACAUUUUUAUCAAACUGUGUAUGCUUGUCUUAUAUUUGCCAUUCUGGGAACAUCACUUCUAAGAGGGUUUGCCUUUAUGAAGACUACAUUACUAGCCUCCAGUAGGAUGCACGACCAAGUUUUUGUUAAGGUUUUCCGCAGUCCAAUGAGUUUCUUUGAUACAACUCCAAUAGGUCGAAUUAUCAACAUAUUUUCACGUGAUAUGGAUGAAAUUGAUGUCCGGUUACCCAUGACACUUGAAACUUUUGUCCAGAAUAUUUGGUUGAUAAUGAGUUCUUUGGUCUUCGUUUGUAUGGUUUUCCCUCAUUUCUUACCCAUACUGGUAGUACUGGCAAUAAUGUUUGCAUUCAUCAGAAAAGUAUUCAGGGUUGGAAUUAGAGAUUUUAAAAGGAUGGAAAAUGUAUCCAGAUCUCCUGUGUACAGCCAUGUCAGCACCACUGUGAAUGGUUUAGCUACAAUUAAUGCUUAUGGAAAGCAGGCAAUGUUCACUAGAAAGUUUAUGCUAUUAUUUGAUGAAAAUUCAUGUGUGUUCUUCCUCUUCAACUGUGCGAUGCGAUGGUUAGCUAUUCGACUUGACAUUUUGGCAUUGUUAGUUACUGCUUGUACAGCAUUUCUUUCUCUUUUGCUACGUGGUUAUGUUGAUGCAGCUUUUGCUGGUUUAGCCCUUGCUUAUGCAGCACAGUUGAGUGGUAUUUUCCAGUUUACUGUUAGGCUUAGCACAGAAACUGAAGCACGAUUUACUUCUGUUCAAAGGAUCAGCAAUUAUGCAAAGGGGUUAGUAUCGGAAGCUCCAUCCAUCAUAGAAUCAAAGCAACCAGAUAAAGCAUGGCCAAAGUAUGGCCGCAUAAGUUUCCGCAAGGUACAAAUGAAAUACAGGCCAGAAACACCUCUUGUCUUGAAUGAUGUUACUUUUGAUAUUGACUCGAUGGAAAAUAUAGGUGUUGUUGGAAGGACAGGGUCCGGAAAAUCAUCACUGGGAGUUGUGUUGUUUCGGUUAGUGGAGCUGACCGGUGGUAGUAUACGUAUUGACAGCAUCAACAUUUCAACGCUGGGCUUAGAAGAUCUUCGGUCACGGUUGUCCAUAAUUCCACAAGAUCCAGUAUUGUUUAUUGGCACAGUCAGGUAUAAUCUUGAUCCCUUUGACAAUCACUCAGAUGAAAAAAUUUGGUCAGCACUGGAACAAACUCACAUGAAGGAACGGAUUUCAAACUUGGAUUUAAAACUGAAUGCACCUGUAAUUGAAAAUGGAGAAAACUUUUCUGUGGGUGAAAGGCAGCUAUUAUGCAUGGCAAGGGCUUUGCUCAGGAACAGCAAGAUUUUAUUCCUUGAUGAAGCAACUGCAGCUAUAGAUACAGAAACUGAUGUGAAAAUACAGAAGACUCUAAAAGAAGCAUUCAAGUCAUGUACAAUGAUAACCAUAGCACACAGAUUAAAUACUGUAAUGUCAUGCUCAAGAGUUCUGGUGAUGGAUAGUGGGAGAGUAGCAGAGUUUGACACUCCCAAGGUGCUUUUAUCUAAUCCUUCAUCAUUGUUCUCCAAAAUGGUUGCUGCAGCAGACUCGAGUUGGGAAAAGCAGUAAAAAACACAGUAGUACAUGGUCAACAGAUUUAACCUAUUUUUGUGUUGCUAAUGGUUCUAAUUUUAACAAACAAAUUCCUAAAUUCUUUGUACUAGUGAUUGCUAUGUAAUAGCUUUUGGGGAACUUGGAAGAAAGAAUUUUGCCAAUAUGAAUAGGAAUUAUGCAUGCCAAGUUAGACUACUAACCAGGUAUUGACAAAUUCAGAAUUUUCCAGUGGGUUCUUUAACUGUUUAUGAUAAAAGAACAGCAAUUUGUUUAAUUAAUUCCUCACUUUAAACUGUUAAUUAUGGAUUUUUGCUGUAAAAUACUGUACCUGGUGGGUCUUGCCACAAAAAGGACAGCAUUUUUUGGCACCUUUUGUCAGAUGGUGAUAAAGCUACAGUGGACCUGCUUAGUUUAAAAAGAAUGAUGACUAUGAAUAUGCCAAUAUGUACUUUAUUAUUGAGAUUAGUGCUCAAAACAAUAUAUUAUUGUAAAAUUUCAAAUCUUAUAAGUCCUUAAGCACAUUAAUUGAAAAGGUAUUUGUUUUUCACUAUAUUUUCAAAUGAUAACUAUAUUCUAGCUGUUGGAUUCUUGCCACCACUAUAUGCUUCUGCACCUUAAGAUCUCAUUUAAAUGUAAUAUACAGUUAGCGUGUCUCAUUAGAGAAAAUUGUAUGUAUUACAAUAUAACGGGAGUCUAUUUAUUCUAGGAACAUCACUGUUUUCUGGACAGGAUCUUUAGAAUUUUCACCUAUUACAAAACAAAUUUUUACAAAUCAAAUUCAAAACUUGAUGUAAGAUCUUACAGGAAGUAACUUGUGCAUAAAGAAUGGGAAAAUUUGACUAAUCAUAUUGUAAGUAGGGAACAAAAAGAUUGAGAAUAACAGAAAAGAAAUUAAACUGAAAAAUUAAAAGUAAAAAAUAAAUUUGUAGACCUAGAAAUAAACAUUAUAAAAAUAAGGAGAGGUAGCUUAGUAAGAGUUUCACAGUUGCAUGAGAGGAGCAAGAACUGAUUUUUCAGUACAUAUCAAGGUCAGAGUUGCUGACUAAUGGAUAAACCAGAUGAAGUACAUGUAAAAGAUACUUAAUAUGCUAUUAAAAGAAAUGGCAGACAUAAAGCAAAGAAAAGGAAAGAAAAUUAAAACUAAAGUUAAACAUGACUUGUCAGUCAGAACAAGUUACAUAUUAACAGAAAACUAACCUAUCAAUAAGAAUAUGUGAAAAUGUGAUGCAUAAAUGUGAUACAUAUUAGCAGUUUGAAAGGAAAUGGUUUAGGCAGCUGGUUAAGGUUUGCAUAUUUUGUUAACCCUUAAACGCCUAUUGGACGUAUUUUACGUCGAGAUAAAUUGUCUGUCGGGUGCCGAUUGGACGUAUUUUACGUUGACGUAGAAAAAUUUUUUAAAAAUUCGCGGAAAAAUACUUACAGGCCUACCAGCCGAAAACUGUUGAAUCACGCCUUGGGGGAUGCUGGGAGUUCACGGAUCAAGGUGUUGUUUUGUUUACAAUCGUUACGCAGGCGCGCAAGCACAAAUUUCUUUCUUAUCGCCCUUAAAAGUAUCAGUGACACGUCUCCGAAAUUAUUUCGUCACUUUGACAUAAUUUUUGCACCAUUUUAAAUUAGCCGUUACAUGGAGUAUUAUAUUUAUAUAAAAAUGUGUGCAAUUUUAUGUAGAAUAAAACAAAAAAAUACUCAUGAUUGUAGCUUUUAUCAGUUUUGAAAUAUUUUCAUAUAAAUAAUGAUAAGUGCCAAAAUUUCAACCUUCGGUCAAAUUUAACUCUACUGAAAUGGUCAAAAAACGUAAUUGUAAGCUAAAACUCGUAUAUUUUAGUAAUAUUCAAUCAUUUACCUUCAUUUUGAAACAAAUUGGAAGUCUCUACCACAAUAUUUUGAUUCUUUCCCUAAAGUCUGCGCUGUAACUCUUCCGAAAAAAUCAUACGUGCGAUUGUCGUAAUGUUUGCACCUUUUUAAUUUGCUGUUACAUAAAGUUUUAUAUACGGAAAUGUGCGCAAUUUCAUGCACAAUACAACUAAAAAACAACCCAUAGUUGUAGCUUUUAUCAGUUUUGAAAUAUUUUCAUAUAAAUAGCGAUAGGUGCCAAAAUUUCAACCUUCGUUCAACUUUGACUCUACCGAAAUGGUCGAAAAACGCAAUUGUAAGCUAAAACUCUUAUAUUCUAGUAAUAUUCAAUCAUUUACCUUCAUUUUGCAACAAAUCGGAAGUCUCUAGCACAAUAUUUUGAUUUAUGGUGAAUUUAUGAAAAAAAAAUAUUUUCCUUAAGUCCGUGCGGUAACUCUUCCGAAAAAAUCAUACGUGCGAUUGUCGUAAUGUUUGCACCAUUUUGAAUUAUCCGUUACAUAAAGUUUUAUAAAUGAAAAUGUGUGCAAUUUUAUGUAGAAUGCAACUAAAAAUAAUUGAAGGUUGUAGCUUUUCUCAUUUUCGAAAUAUUUGCAUAUAAAUCACGAUAAAUAGAAAAAAACCCAGUUCGGUCAAAUUGACUCUACUGAAAUGGUCGAAAAACGCAAUUGUAAGCUAAAACUCUUUACAGUCUAGUAAUAUUCAGUCAUUUAUCUUCAUUUUGAAACAAAUUCGAAGUCUCUAGCACAAUAUUUCGAAUUAUGGUGAAUUUUAAAAAAAUACUUUCCUUCCCUCCUCGUGCGGAUUCUCCGCCGCAAAUCUCCGAAAUGCGUACGUCGCAUUCUUGGAAUAUUUCCUCCGUUUCAUAUUAGGCGUUUCAUAGAGUUUUAUAUAUAUGAAAAUAUGCGCAAUUUCAUGUAGAAUACAACAAAAAAUAAUUGAAGGUUGUAGCUUUUCUCAUUUUCGAAUAUUUGCAUAUAAAAAAUAUAAAAAAAAAUUCGACAUUGGGUCAACUUUAACUCGUCCGAAAUGGUCGAAAACUGAAAUUGUAAGCUAAAACUCUUACAGUAUAGUAAUAUUCAAUCAUUUAUCUUCAUUUUGAAACAAAUUGGAAGUCUCUAGAACAAUAUUUAGAUUUAUGGUGAAUUUUUAAAAAAAACAUUUUUUUACGUCCGCUCGUUACGAAUUCAUGCAUCAUUUUGUGAUAAUAUUUUCUCUGUGUUGCUUUGAUCAUUUUACAAUGUGUUAUAUACGAAAAUGAUCGCAAUUUAGUGUACAAUACAACAACAAAAAAUUAACUCAUUAGCUUUAACUGUUUUGCUCACAGCGCGAUUUGAAUACAAUUAUAUAUGAAAUUUUGUUUUUGCACUAUCAUAUAUCGCAUUAUUUAUAUAUGAUAGAUAUUUUUUUCAUUUCUGAUGGUUGGAUACUAAACUUCAGGCAAUGACAAAAAAAGGGAGGCAAAAAUGAACUCUUACUCUUGAAAACUAAGCGCACUGUGAUUUAAAAAAAAAAAUAUUUUUUCCGCUUUGGCGCUCACUCCGAGACCCUCUCGGCAUACGGGAGACAAUUUUUAUUAUACCCCUUCGGCGUUUAAGGGUUAAUGAGAUUAUAUUUUCAUAUACAUUUACAUGGUAAUUAGGAAAAAGAAGUAGGUGUCUUAGUUUUUGUACCUGUGAAGUUCUGUGCCUCCAAGGUCUUAUGAUAUUUGUAAUACCAAUGGAAAGUUGUGUAAUUUUAAACCCAUUAAUUUAACAAAGCUUAUUCAUGUGUAAGAUGCAAAUCCCAGACAUGUCAGUCCACUUGUACAUAAAUGAAAGAGAAGAUCUAUUGUCACAGGUAUGUUGGAGCGCACAACCACAACCUCCUUACAGUAUAGUUAUUUGUAAUAGAUAUCUGACUUGGAAGCAGCACGCUUUUACAAUAACAUUAACUAUACUCAUAAGAUCUUCAGUGAAACACAUUUUGUAAAUAUUUUGCAUUUAUUUUAUUUUUUUUUAAUUUUUAAGGUACGUGGUAAGUUUUGAAAUUUAAGCAUAAGCUAGACAAAACAUUUUUUAAGUACAGUAAAAAUUCUCAUUUACAAAAAACCCACUAUAGAACGCCAUUGUGGUGUAAAGAUUUCAUAAUUUUUUGUUUUGACUGGAUAUUGCAGUUCCAGGAAAUAACUCUCUACAUUCCUUCAUUCUUUACAGUCAAACCUCAGUUUUCAUAUGUAAUCCAUUCCAGAACGUCUCAUGAAGUCUGAAACGUAUGAAAGCCAAAACAAUAAUUCCCAUAUGGAAUAAUGCAAAUCCAAUUAAUGCAUUCUAGACUCCAAAAAAUAUUUUUAAAAAAUAUAUUUUAUAGAGAAUAAACAGUUUCACAUACAGAAAACAAUGUUAAAUGAAUAAAAAUUUUACAUCAUAACCUCUGUGGAAGACUCUUGUUAACAAAUGGAAGACGGAGAGGAGGGGAGAGAGAGAGAGAGAGAGAGAGAGAGAGAGAGAGAGAGAGAGAGAGAGAGAGAGAGAGAGAGAGAGAGAGAGAGAGAGAGAGAGAGAGGUUAGUGUUUGGAAGGGGAAUCCCUCCUCCAGAAUGACUUCAGGUAUCAAGAACCUAUCUGGGGUUACUUCUCUUCAUUUUUUACUUGCACUAUCUUGGGUUACUUCCCCUCUUUGUUUUUUUUACUGCCACUAGGACAAGCUUUAGUCGCACAACAAAACUAUCCAUAGACAUUUGUGUCUGGUAUCUUUAAAAUUUGCCUAAAUUGAAACACGACAUUGUCAUUAAACAUGUUGGAGACAUGGAUUACACCUUUUUGGGAUGAUAAUUAUCCACAAAAUGUUUUACAUCACUCAACUUUGCAAACUUCCUUUAAGCACUGAAGUAAGCACAUUAUGUAUGUCCGUUUGCUUUCUGAAUUUUUCAGACAGCCUCUGAUUGCUUGAAAUUCACUAACAGCAGCACUUGUAGGCUUUUUCUUACUGAGAUUGGCAUGAAACAUCCUCCAAAACUUUGCCACUAGUUCUUUCUUAAAUUCUAUAGUGUUUCUCACCAUUUUUACAGAAGGGCUGGCACUUGGAACUUUCUUUGGUCCCAUGAUGGCUUAUUUACCAGUUGCACUCGCAUAGAAAAAGCACAAAAAACAACAAACACUAAAACUGAAUGGGUCAUGAGAGAACACGGGAUGCUUUGUUUGGGCACUCGUUACGAGGCCUAGUCACGAGGUGGGCCCUGGAAGGAGUAUUUCUGGGUGUACAAAUUCCAAAGAUAUGUACGAAAACCCAGUAAAAGAUUUUGUCUGAAAUAGUGUAUGAAAACUGAAUUGUAUAAAAACCAGGCCAUACUAAAUCCAAGGUUUGGGUGUAUUCUAAAAACUUAAAUUUUUCUUUGUGGAGGGUAGAGAAUCAUCAUUAGGUAUGAAGGUUAACAAAAUGCAAUGCAGUUUAGUCCGUGUUAGUGUGAAAAUUCAUGUGUUUACACAUAAUUUCAUAUUGUGUGACUUUCUUAAACAUAAUUUUAACCCAGUUUUUUUACAGUGUAGUCAUUAUCUUGUUCUCAAGGAAUUACCCUUUCCAUGGUUUAUCUAGAGCUCCAUGGUGACCAGACUAAUGUCAAAGAAUUCUCUUUAAGCUGGUUAUGUGUCCAGGUAGUGUGUCAUAAGGGUAAACAUUAUAACACGUGAUAAGAGUAUAAAUGGAUUCAAGAUAAGAGGGCACUUUCUCUUUUCCUCAGCGAAUGAUGAACACAGUUUACCUAUGCCAAAACCUGCAAGAAGUGGCUAUGCGUAUAUGCGCUGUCAUGUUGUUCACAUACGACCAAAAUUGGACCAAGAAGCCAUUACCAUUUUCUGGUUGGUGUACAGUGUACUGAAACUAGCACUCCAUGAAUUACACUUUUCACUUAGUUGAUUGCAUUACGAUGAUCAUGGAAACAUCCAAGUUGAAAACUAAGUGCGUAAUUUUAAGUUUCAGUUGCAAAUUUCCCUUUUUAGACUGGAACAAUGAAUUGUGUGUGAAAAGCUGCUAACCGGCUUUUUCGUGAGCGUACAUCGGCACUUCGUGCAAUUUAUGUUCAUAUAUGUGUAUUUGGAAUAGCGCAAAUUGUUUUGAAGAAUUUACCAUUCUAUUUAGAAGUUUUAUCUAAAGUAUUUCAUAAUUAUUAUUAAUAUACAUACUCCUUUCAGGAAGUGAUGUCUGCCAUAGCCCACAAUCUACAUUGAUUCAGUUACCUAGACUGUAGGUAGUAGAUAUUAUCUGUAUCCUAUAUCAAGGAUUAUAUAUCCUUAAGGGUGAAAAAUAAUAUCCUGGAUUAGGUAGUAAUCUGAAUUUAAGUAACAUUUAAAGACAUACCCUAUUAGGCUAAGAACUUAGGCAGUAGCCUAAGUUUACACAAAAAAUCUAAGGAUUAGAUAAAAGGCUACUGACUUUUUCCUUCUAUAUAGCCUUAUACUUAAGCAUAGUCUUAGUACUCCAGGCUUUCAUGUGCAUACCCUUAAAAGGGAAUUAUAUUAUCUGACCUAGACAAUAACCUGGAAUAGUUGAUAGCCUAACUGUAAAGUCUCACAUUAGUAAGUCUAAAAGCAGUAGACCAAAUGGGUUAUGAGGUGGUAGUAUAGCCUGAAGGCUACAUAUUGCACCUGGUUAAUCCCAUACCCUUAAAGGUGAAUUGAUUAAUCUGGAUUAGACAAUAACCUAGACUGGGUGACAGCUAAGUAGCGCCUCAGUGGCGUGGUUGGUAUGGUGUUUGCGUUCCACCUUGUUGGUCACUGGUUCGAUUCUCGGCCAUUCCAUGGAGGAGUGAGAGAUGUGUAUUUCUGGUGAUAGAAGUUCACUCUCAACUUGGUUUCGGAAGUCACGUAAAGCCGUUGGUCCCGUUGCUGAAUAACCACUGGUUCUAUGCAACGUAGAAACACCAUACAAUCAAACAAACAAACCUAACUAUAAAGUUUCACAUUAGUAAGUUACUGUUGUAUAUAGUAGACCAAAUGGGCCUACAUAUUAGGCCUGGUUAAUCCCAUACCCUUAAAGGUGAUUUAAUUAAUCUGGAUUAGACUGUAAUCUGUACAGGUGAUAGCCUAACUAUAAAGUUUCAUAUUAGAAAGCUAUCAUUUUAUAUAUAUAGUAGACUUAAUAACCAAGGGCUAAAUAUAAAUAACCUGGGUCAGACAAAAAUGUUAACCUAACUAUGUAUUUACAUAUGAGUGAGUUUCUGUUUUUAUAUAGCCUUUACAUUAAGAAUGAUCUAGAAUAAUAUGGAUUAGGCAAUACUUACCCUGUACUAGGCCAAGAGAGAACAGUUUGGGAAACAUCCUAGUGUUGGUCUACUGAAUGGUAGUUUAAUCCAAAUAGUAGUCUAGGAUUAGAUAUAACAGUAGCCUAGGCUUAAUAAAAUAACAGUUUUUACGAAUAGAGGCUGAUACCGUUAUGGUAGCCUAUUGGUAAGGCUACAUAGUAGUGGAACUCUUAUGUAGCCUAUUUCCUGAAAGGUUGGGCCAAGGGGGCGCACUUGCCCUCUCUUGAAAUCCUGGGAAAAAUAUAUACUAUAAUGAACUGCUUAUUCCCUCCUUGAAAAUGUAUUCUAAUACACUUAAAAAUGUCCUUGCCUGGAGGAAUGAGAGUUAAUACAAAAAAAAAUCUACGGCAGAAGGCUGAUAUUACUGAAAAAGGAGGAAUUUACAUAAACUCCGGAUUUUGGUUUUAAGUGAACUAUAUUUCCAUUAAGUUACAGGUAAGUCCAGGAAUUAAUGUGGUGGUUGAAUGUAGGUCCUCUGGAAACAUGUGACAGGGUUAUUUUGGCGUUUGGUAGUUUGACACCCGUACAAUAGCUAACUCCACGAUGGGAAUCCAAUCUUACCCACAUACUCUGGAAGUAUGUGGGCUCCACCCAGAUGUUGUUAAAGGUAAGAUUGGAUUCCCAUCGUGGAGUUAGCUAUCGUACGAGUGUCAAACUAUCAAACUCCGAGUUUUCCUGUAUUACAGACCAUAGGAAAAAAUGCAAGUACACUAUUGAUUACAAGGAUUUCAAAAUAAUAGGCAAAGCUCCAAAAGAACACCAAUUGGCAAUACUCGAAUCUCCUUUUAUUAAACAACUGGUUCCCCAGUUAAAUACUCAGUCCACAUCAACUCCUCUGUACCUCUCUUGAGUUUCCGUCGGAAGCAAAGCGGACCCUGACAGUCACUCAGCUUUUGCCUUCAGCACUACUGGUGCAUAAUUACUGUUCCCUUCUCUUGUACCUCCCUUUACAUUUUGUUAAGAAAUAACUUUGUAUCAUGUUUUAAUCUGAGUGUAUUUUUAAUUUUGUUGUUCUUUUGAUUUUUAGCUUCGAAAAUAGGACACAUGGUCCUGAAACAUCAGCGAAAUAAAUUAGAUUAAAGGAUUUUGGUAUCUCUCCACCCUCUGAUGCUGCUUAUCUGGUUUCAAGCAAC